AUGCGCACAACGGCCCUCCAGCAGAAGAUCAUGUCGUCAGGCGCGCCACUCCUCUCGCCUAACCUUGACCUUUUCAGCACGCGCGUGCCUAGCCAGCCGUUCUUCAGCAACGGCGGGCCCAGUCAGCAGAUGCAGCAGCUUCACCUGCAACAACAGCAACAACAGCAGCACAGCAUGCAACAGCAACAGCUUUUCUUGCAGGCACAGGAUAAACUGAUGAUGGAGACUCGCAUCCAACAAGCCAGCAUACAACAAGCCAGCAUCCAACAUAGACUCUCCCCAAGGCAGAUAACCCUACCCCAGCCUAACAUGAUGCCUCUCAGGAUCCCACCCUCUGCCCCACCCCCUGCCCCGCCCACUGCCCCACCCCCUGCCCCACCCACACCCCGAGGUUCCCUAUCCCCCGCCUCCCCUACCUUACCUGGACCACGCCCUUCUGUCCCAGCCAUCAAUCACCCGCACAUGACUCCGCCCCUUGUCGGCGACACGGCAGAACGUCAUUGGUGGAGCGUCCAGAGGCCACCCUACCCCAGCUCACCUGGCCCCCUCCCCCCACCACCCCCGGGUCUCAUCAACAUCACUCCCCGUGUGUUCUACCGUCCAGUCGACCCCAGACUUCACCCCUUCCUAACCUCCCCCCUACCCCCCAUGUGCGGGGAACUCCUAGAGCGACCAGCCCCACGACGUUGUCGACGCUGCCGAUGCCCGAACUGCCUCAAGAGCUCCAACAGCCCGAGCUCCAGCCCCAACAAGCGCCGCAUGCACGUCUGCCACUACCCUGGGUGUGGUAAAGAAUACGGCAAAACCUCCCAUCUCAAAGCGCAUCUUCGCGGCCACGCAGGAGAACGGCCGUUUGUCUGUCGGUGGUUGUACUGCCAGAAGCGCUUCACCCGCUCCGACGAGCUACAGCGUCACCUGCGGACCCACACGGGAGAGAAGAACUUCGAGUGCGGGGACUGCGGCAAACGGUUCAUGCGCAGCGACCAUCUCAGCAAACACACGCGGACCCACGAGAUCAAGAGAGAUAAAACAAGCGAUGAUGACGACGAUAAAAACCUCGACCAGAACACGUCAUCGCUCAGCCUGGAUGGUUUCUGUGACGACGACGACAGCGUGGAUGAGGACAUCGAUGUCGGGUGUGAGUACCCGGAUUACCGCUCGGGUCACAGCUCGGGGUCAGAGGUCAGCGACGACGAAACUGUCGAAAGCCACGCCAGCAGACGCCAGCUUGACGACAACAACAGUUACCACAGCAACCACCACAAACACCAGACCACUGUUUUAAGUGGACCGUACCUCACCACCGGGGAGACCCGUGGACCUUACCUCACCACCGGGGAGACCCGAUACUUUUCUCCCGAGCUGGUCGGGUUUAGGGAGUACCAGCACCACGUGACCUUUGACCCUGAGCUCCAUAGGACGCAGGAUAUCAAAGACGAUAAGGAAAACAGACUUACCCGGCACACGUAG